AGAGGCUCAUACUUCAUCUUAUUAUAUAACCCUAUCAAACCUACUCAAUUUGUUGGCUCUGUUCUAAAUAUAACGAACCAAAUACAAGCUUUCACCAUAAUGAGUUUUCCAAUAUUAUGGCUGUUUCACAUAAUUGUCAUCAUAACGUUCAUCUCCAGUGUCUCAUGUUAUCCAGAUCAAGCUGGGAAUUAUAGUUUUAUGAAGGAUGCAACGUUCGCACCAACGUUCGCUCGCUACGACUACAUCAUCAUCGGAGGAGGAACCUCCGGUUGCGCGUUAGCCGCAACGCUAUCUCAAAACGCUACCGUUUUGGUCUUAGAACGCGGCGGCUCGCCUUACGAUAACCCUACGGCGACAGAUAUCCAAAACUUCGCUACAACACUCUCAAACACAUUGCCCAAAUCGUGGUCGCAGCUCUUCGUCUCCGAAGACGGCGUUUACAAUACACGUGCGCGCGUCCUAGGUGGAGGCUCGGUGCUAAACGCUGGAUUCUACACACGUGCGGGGGAUGGCUACGUUAAGGAGGCUGAGUGGAAGAGCGAUGAAGUAGAAUCGGCUUAUGAGUGGGUUGAGAAGAAAAUAGCGUUUGAACCGCCGAUUAUGGGAUGGCAAACGGCGUUCAAAGACGGGCUUUUGGAGGCAGGUGAGUUUCCGUAUAAUGGUUUCACGUACAAUCAUACCUACGGGACCAAGAUUGGUGGUACGAUUUUUGAUAAUGUCGGUCAGAGACAUACCGCUGCGAAUCUGUUGGAGUACGCAAAUCCGGACAGGGUUGCUGUCUAUUUGCACGCUACAGUUCAUAAGAUCCUCUUCACCACAAAAGGAAGACCAAGGCCAAAAGCAUACGGAGUGAUAUUUCAAGACUCAAAUGGAGUGUUACACAAGGCAGAGCUAGCCAAAAACGCAAUGAACGAGGUGAUUUUGUCGGCGGGUGCCAUCGGGAGCCCGCAGCUGUUGAUGCUGAGCGGUGUGGGUCCUAUGGCUCAUCUUGCGGCUCACGGGAUUAAACCGGUGGUCUUAGAUCAUCCAAUGGUCGGACAAGGGAUGGCAGAUAAUCCGAUGAAUGCCAUAUUUAUUCCUUCUCCUACUCCCGUGGAGAUUUCUCUAAUACAAGCCGUUGGUAUCACAAAGUUUGGUAGUUACAUUGAAGGAGCAAGUGGCGUCAUCUUCUCUUAUAGUUGGACUCGCAAUUAUUUCGAUGGCGUUUUGAACUAUCUUAACGAGAUACAGACAAGUAGUACUAGUACCACUACAUCCACACCAUUCUCCACUCAAUCCAUUACCGAUUUUUUCAAAUCUAUAGAUCCGUUAUUCAAUGCUACCACACAAGCAGGUGUAAUCCUCCAGAAAGUGGCGGGGCCGAUUUCGAGAGGUCACUUGGAGCUUAGGAACACUAACCCAUAUGAUAAUCCUUCAGUGAGAUUUAACUACUAUCAAGAGCCAGAGGAUCUAAAUAAAUGUGUUGAAGGGAUAACUACUAUUAUUAAAGUGAUUAACUCAAAGGCAUUCUCCAAAUUCAAGUAUCCGGAAGCGACCAUUCCAGGCUUGCUCGAUCUAAUACUGAACGUUCCCACUAAUCUGAGGCCGAGGCAUGUAACCUCGGUGUUUAAUUUAAAACAAUUUUGCAUCGACACUGUGAUGACUAUUUGGCAUUACCAUGGAGGCUGCCAAGUUGGAAGAGUGGUAGACAAGAAUUACAAAGUUUUAGGUAUUGAUAGUCUAAGGGUUAUAGAUGGAUCCACAUUUCUCAAGUCUCCAGGGACAAAUCCUCAAGCUACGGUUAUGAUGCUCGGAAGGUAUAUGGGACAGAAGAUUCUUAGAGAGAGGGAGGCUUUCCUCAAAAAGAAAAAAGAAGCAUGAGUAGAUAGAUAUUACUUUUGAGAUAUAAGCUUAAAGAAUCACGAACUUGGAAUUGUUUUAAUGUAUGGUGAGCUAAAAUAGUCUGAAUGUGUACAUCCGUCCAUGUUCUGAUUCUGUUAUGUAUAACAAUGGUGGAAGCUUUUGAAAUUCA